CCCCCUCCGUUCUCCUCUCUUCUUUCUUGCUCUUUUCGUCUUUAUUUCUUCUUCUUCCUUUGUCUCCUGGUUCGUCUUCUUCUUCUUCGUCGUCGUCGUCUUCUUCUUCGUGUUUUUCUUCACUGACGGGCUAUCCUCCGCCCUACACCCCCGAACCUCGCACCGCCUCACUGUCUUCGGCCGUCGACCGCGCUCCACCGCUGCCUGCAGACGUCCUCAAACGCGAACCCUAGGUUUUCCUGUGUGUGAUACCCGCCAUUGAGGGACAACAUACUUUUGGGCAGAAGUCUAAGCGUCGAUCCAAGCUUGCUGCAUAAUAGUAAUGGCAAGAACCAACCGUGAAAGACAAUCUGUAUUGCAAGAGGUUGGAGGUUCACCACUCCGACGGGUCACAAGAGCCCUAGCACGUAGCAGCCCCAAGACAACCAAUCACCCGGAGGUUAGUGCACCCUCUCCACCAAAGCAAGUUGGUCCUAAACGGAUGACGACUAGACGCAAGGGUGCCCAUGUCUCACCUCUUUUGGACCGCUUAAAAUCAAUUACAGAAGAGUGGGAGAGAGAGCGGGAUGCUCGGACAGCAGCAAGGGCAGAUGCAUCCUCCAUUCGACGUCCUUUAUUGCAGGAUUCACAGGAGCCAGAGCAGACGGUGAUCGGCGAUGUGAUUGAUGAUGAUACGAUAGGCCCUACGCAGGGGAUGGAAACAACUGGCCCCAUUACAUUGGGAAUAAACUAUGCACCGGUGGCUGAAAUCGAAGAACCUCCGGAAAUGGAUGAUGAUGAUCUCACCCAGAGGGAUGAACCAGCUGAGACGGAAGAAACUAAGAGGGGGCGGGGAGCGGCCAAGAUGCCUCGUGAAUGGGGUGGGGACACCCCAAUGACUGUGUUUAUGGCCAGGGAUGGCAGAAGCAUCAUCGGACCAGAUGUGAAGGAUUACAAAAGUGGAGUUGGAGUCAUCGCCAGAAAUGGGAUGCGUCUUCCAUUACGGUAUUCGAGUUUCCAAGCAAUUCCCGAACAACUGCGGCAAGGUCCAUGGAUUGAGAUAUGUGUCGUUAUGGCUGACCUGAAGGAUGUCUGGUGCCAUUGGAAAUGCAUCAUAAAGUCCACAUACUUCGCACCACACCAGAAUGACGAUGAAGCAUUGAAGAAAGUCCCCACCGAUCGGAAUGCCGCUGAAGAAUGGCCGUUGCUUGUCCAAUAUUGGAAGGAUGAGAAGGUUAAGGAUAUUGCAAGGAGAAAUACCAAUAACUUCAUCAAAAGAAAGUUUCCGCACAGGACUGGCCGGAAACCAUUCACAGCGUUGGCGGAUGAGAUAAAGGCAACAGGGAAAGAGCCUGAUAAUUUGGAAAUUUGGAUGUCGUCUCGCACGAAUGGACGUGGUGGUGAUGAUGAGAUGACUGAUGAUAUUUUGUGUUCUAGCCGCACAGAUGGAAGGUCAGAGACCCCGGGGACUGAUGUCCUUACGCCGUUGACAAUCGGGGUAUCGUAUUCUUCUCAUAUCUCGUGGUUUCGAAAAACGCGUUGUUGGUGAGGGGAUGUUGCUAUCCGACCCUAACCCAGGUGACACUGUUGACAUAGUAAGGGUUUUUGUUACAUCUGCUACUGUUCCAAAGGCUGCGCUUAUUCUACGGACAACCUCUGGAGCACAAAAACUCGGUGAGGUUGUCCGCGCCGAGCCAAUCGACUGGACAUUUAAAGAUGUACGCAACCACAUUUACAAGAUUUUCUAUUGGAUUACAACUUAACCAUCUCACAAAUAAAUUCUUAUAUAAUUUUGCACAAUGCUGGCAACUUGUUCGUCGCCCGUAACUACGGUGUACGGCCACUUUGAUGGUGCAUGGGGCGUUGCAGCAUGGCACGUGAUUCUACGAUGAUUGACGUUUGUUUGUGGAUUGAUGCUAACUGAGUCCUUUAUGUUGGUUGAACUUGCUGUCCCUGCUACAUUUUGUGUGUUUGUUGCUACGCUUUUCCAUAUAUGUUAGGCUAUAUUGUGAAAUAUUUAUGUUUCUACACAGUGCGUA